AUGGGACGCACCAAGGGUAAAACUGAUCUUUCAGGUCCUAAAAAGGGUGUAUUGGUAGCCCUCAGCAAUCUCAAUAAUGCAUCAAAUCGUCAGAUAGCCAAGGCCUACAAAUGUGACGAAAAAACGGUUCGAAACACCAAGAAACGCGUCUCUGAGGCGGAGAAAGAAAAUAUCGAUCCACUUUCUUCAGAGGUACACCAACGACGUCCACAGUCCGGACGACCUCUAGCAAUCAAUGAACGGCUUCUACGACGUCUCAUUAGACAUGCUACCAAGAAUCGAUUCCAGCGUCGCAAGCCUUGGGUAACGAUUGCCCGUGAGGUGGGAUGCAUGGCCUCUGCAACAGCCAUCAAUGCAGCAUUCUCCAGAGCCGGCUAUGGACGAUAUCCUCCUCGAUAUAAGCCCCCACUGUCUCCAGAACAGAAGCAAAAACGUCUAUAA